AUGGAACAAAUGUCUAAUAUUCUGGAACACGUGUGCACUAUUUUCACUGUAAAUACCCCCGGUUGUCAUUGCUUCCUUAAAAUUUUUUUGAAUGCGAAAGGAAUUAAGCAGGACUCACUUAGUGCAUAUCUGACUUCUAAAAGGGAAAUAAUAAUAAAUGCAAAAACUGAAACUAACAAAGCAAAUGAAAUUAUUUGUCGUGAAGUUCAAAAUAAACUGACUGUGCCUGAGAAUGUAAUGGCUGAAAACUCUAAAAUCAUGUUAUUACUAAAUGGUCUCCUUCUGAUUGAUAUUCCAUAUAUGUCUUUUGGUUCAAGCAAACCAAAACAAAGUAGAGAACGUAAUGGAAUAACAUUACAGGAAUGCGAAAGUUCUAUUCAAAAUGAGCAUGAUAUCAAACUAGAAAAUGGUGAAAAGCUACAAACAAAACAUCUUGAUCGACAUGAAACUAUACGCGAAGGGAAUAAACUUAUUUUAAUGAUCCCCUUAGAUGAAAAUUACAAGGAAGAGAAUAUAAAAGUCACUGUUGUACAACGUUCAGUAUGCAUAACAAUUACUAACCUUGAUUAUUCAAUAGUGAAACAAAACUCUAAUAAGUCUGA